ACCUCAAGUGUCCACCCGUAUUACAUUUUGAAGCGUCUCCAUAACGGACAAAAGUGCUCUGUAAUCAGCAGGAUUCGGAAAUAACAGAAUCACUCCAGAUCAGCUCUCAUCUACAACGCGACAGGACCGCGAUGGCACCCCCUCUAUUCACUCUCACGUCCUUGUUUCCUGCCAACCCGAAUACCGAUCGAGGCGCAUCAACAAAGCUUCACAUCAGCAAGGAUAAUAAGCUAAUAUAUGCUAAUGGGAGAACCGUGAUUAUUCGUGAUCUUAAGAAUCCAUCGGCUGCAAAAGCGUAUUCCGGUCACUCUCGGAAUGUUACUGUCGCAAGAUUCUCUCCCUCUGGGUAUUACUGCGCCUCUGCAGAUACGGCUGGUACAGUUAGAGUAUGGGACACACUAGGGGAAGAAAAUAUCCUAAAACGUGAAGUACCCGCUAUUAGUGGAAAGGUGAAUGAUCUGGCUUGGGAUGGAGACAGCCAACGCAUUAUUGCUGUUGGAGAUGGCAGGGAAACCUUUGGUAAAGCUUUCAUGGUCGAGACGGGAUCUUCUACUGGAGAGAUCGCUGGACAUACGAAGGUGAUCAACGCCGUAUCCAUCCGACAUCAACGACCGUUCCGCGCAGUUACUGCAUCCGAUGAUUGUACUAUUGUCUUUCAUACAGGCGUCCCAUUCAAGUACGAAAAAACCAUAAAGACACAUACAAAAUUCGUACAGGACGUCAGAUACUCGGCAAAUGGAGACCACUUUGCUAGCGUUGGUUCCGAUAGUAAAGUUUUCUUGUAUGAGGGGAAGACUGGAGAACCGCUUGGGGAGUGUAGUGGAGAAGUGCAUAAGGGUAGCAUUAUGGCAGCGAGUUGGAGUCCUGAUAGCAAGAAUCUUGCUACGUCUUCCUUGGAUGGAACCGUCAAAUUGUGGGAUGUCGAGAGAAAGUUAACGGUUCAAACAUGGACAGUCGGUACAGGCGUGCAAAAUCAGCAAGUCGGGAAUGCAUGGGGUCCUGAAGGGGACAUAGUAUCACUCUCCAUGUCAGGCAUUGUCAACGUCUUUGACCAGCGAAAGGGCGAUGGACCUGCCCAUUUGCUCAUCGGCCCACAAAAAACCAUUACAGCUGCGACGCUCACAGCGUCCGGAACAUUUAUUGCCGGCACGGCGGAUGGUAGACUCCUUUCAUACGAUAUUGCAAACGGUGAUGCUCAAGUUGUAUCCGGUACUGGUCACUUGAGUCUCGUGACCAGCAUUGUUAGCGCUGGAGAGAACACGUACAGUGUCGGAAUCGACAAUGCACUGAAGGAAAUCAGCCCAGAUGCGAAGAGCAUGACCGAAGCUUCAACGAAUUUGCAAUCACAAGCAAAAGCUCUGGCGUUAUCGGAUGAAGGGACGACGUUUGUCUCCGAAGCGGAUAAAAUUGAAGGAUUCCGGUCCAACCAGCGUGUUGCACAGCUUCCCGUGAAAUACCAGGCGAAUGGUAUUGCAAGCACCGGAAAACUCGUUGCGGUCGGAGGAGGGGACAACAAAAUCCAUCUCUAUUCAUGGAACGGGAAAGAGUUGAAAGAAGACGGUGUCCUCGAGACUCCGCGCGGACCUGCUCUCACAUUGGCGUUCUCGCCCGAUGGGAAGCUUCUAGUGUCCGGAGACGCAACUGGAAAGAUCAUUUUGUUUGACGUCACAGAAAAGAAGGCCAUCGAAUCUCGAUGGACAAAUCACGCUUCGCGCGUCAACUCGCUCGUUUGGGCACCUACGGGGACGCACAUUGCCUCAGGCUCGCUCGACACGCACGUUUUCGUCUGGUCUGUUGCCAAUCCGUUGACGAACGUGCCGAUUCGGCACGCAGGACCUGGUGGCGUCAAUGCCGUGGCAUGGCUUGAAGCUUCCAAGGAUAAGGGCAAAUUAGCUACCGCGGGUGCCGAUGGCUGCGUGCGCAUAUGGGAGGUGAUACUGCAGGCAUGAAAGUUGACAAGGAUGACGUUCUUGAGUUUGAUCGAUAUACGUGUACGUAGACGGCCGCCGCCACGAAGUAGGAAAGCUUAGGGUAAGGGCAUGGAAGAAAGAGAAUACGAAAGUUUAGCUGAAAAUGAGGACAUUGAACACAAUGUAUAGUACGUGUAAUAGUGGGUUUAUGUAAGUUCCGGCUCAGAACUCCCUAGCGAGAAGAACCGAUCGGCCACAUGAAUUGAGUGAUAAUU